UUUGAAAGCUAGAGCUUAAUUAUCCAGCUGAGCCUUAAAUAACCAACAAAUAACUUUUUACUUUUUUGUUCCAAACUGUGACAUUUUCUGCUAUAUGGAGAAACAGUCCAACCAAAACUAUCCAGCCAGAAGGAGUGCUGUAAUCAGAAACACACUGACAAAGUGACAGAUGAUGAUGAAAACAACUGUAAAUGUAAAAAGUGCUAUGGUGGUCUUUUUUUUUUUUUUUUUUUAAAGAUGUUCAACAGGGUAGGGGCUGACAGAGCACCUGGGGUAACUGUAUCAUUAGAAAGUUCACCUUUAUGGUAGGCUUACCUGAGAAAUGUAUAGGAUCAUACAGAAAAACACACACAUCAGCCAAGUGGACAAAACCAGCUUCACCUGUAUCUCCAGUAUUCCGUGUAAAGUUUUGUUCUCUCCGUUUGUUCACUUCCCCUGUACACUACUCCCCUUCGCCCUUGAUUUACUGUAUUGUGUGUGUGUGUUUCGGUGAGAGUGUGUGUCGAGAGAGAGGGGCUCUCCACCAAAAAAAAAAAAAAAAGAAAAAAAAAAAAGAAACCCCAACGAUUGAGAGAAAUUUCAAGCUCAUUUCGUGCUUUAUCCCCUUUCUAAAACAUUCUGCAACAUUUUAAUAACUUAUAAUUAUUACAUAUUUUUUUAUGUACUUAUUUAUUAUCUUUUUUUAGUUUAUGGUUUGUUUUUUUGCCACUCCGGGAGGGCAGAAAUGGCGGCCAACAUGUACCGGGUCGGAGAUUAUGUCUUUUUUGAGAAUUCUUCAAGCAACCCUUAUCUGAUCCGGAGAAUAGAGGAGCUGAACAAGACGGCGAGCGGCAAUGUGGAGGCAAAGGUGGUGUGUUUCUACAGGAGAAGGGACAUCUCACAGAGCCUCAUCCAGCUGGCAGACAAGCAUGCGAAAGAUUUGGAGGAAGAGAAGGAGAUGCCUACAGAGCCAGAGCUUAGUGAGAAGCAGAAACACCAGCUCCGACACAGAGAGCUUUUUCUGUCUCGCCAGUAUGAAUCGCUCCCUGCCACACACAUCAGGGGGAAGUGCAGCGUGGCCCUCCUGAAUGAAACUGAAUCAGUACUCUCCUAUCUGGACAAAGAGGAUGCUUUUUUUUACUCCCUGGUGUAUGACCCAACACAGAAGACCCUACUGGCAGACAAAGGGGAGAUCCGUGUGGGCCCCCGCUUUCAGGCUGAUGUCCCUGAUAUGCUCCAGGAAGGGGAAGCAGAUGACAGGGACCAGUCCAAGCUGGAGGUGAAGAUGUGGGACCCAGAAUGCCCGCUGACCAAUAAGCAGAUAGACCAGUUCCUAGUGGUGGCUCGGGCGGUGGGUACCUUUGCUCGGGCUCUGGACUGCAGCAGCUCUGUCAGGCAGCCCAGUUUACACAUGAGUGCUGCAGCGGCAUCGCGGGACAUCACACUGUUCCAUGCCAUGGACACGCUGCACCGGCAUGGCUAUGACCUUUCAAGUGCACUGAGUGUUCUGGUGCCACAGGGAGGCCCUGUGCUCUGCAGGGACGAAAUGGAGGAGUGGAGCUCUUCAGAGGCCAACCUGUUUGAGGAAGCGUUGGAGAAAUACGGCAAAGAUUUCAACGACAUCCGGCAAGACUUUCUCCCAUGGAAGUCCCUGACUAGCAUUAUUGAGUAUUACUACAUGUGGAAAACUACAGACAGAUAUGUGCAGCAGAAGCGACUGAAGGCAGCUGAAGCAGAGAGCAAAUUGAAGCAAGUCUAUAUCCCCACGUAUAAUAAGCCAAAUCCUAAUCAAAUCUCUGUCAGCAAUGGCAAGAUGACCACCAUGAAUGGCGCGGCAGGACCGGGCGGGUACCAUGCAGCCAGCGGGGGGCGUGCAUGUGAAAGCUGUUUUGCCAUGCAGUCUGCUCAGUGGUACUCGUGGGGUCCUCCGAACAUGCAGUGUCGCCUCUGUGUCUCCUGCUGGAUGUACUGGAAAAAAUACGGUGGCCUGAAGAUGCCAAGCCGAGCUGAGGGAACAGAAGAGAAAACACCUCCAAGCCCUGCUUCAAAUGAGAUGCGUUCACGUGGCCACAGCCUGCGUCAGACUUCCCACAUGGUUCCCGUGAGAAACAGCGGAAGUCCCAAAUCCUCCAUGAAGACUAAGCAGGCCUUUCUGCUACAGGCCACGCGCCUCACCAAGCUGGCGCGUCACAUGUGCCGUGACCUCAUCAGGCUGCGCCGGGCUGCGCGCCGCCCCUUUGUGCCCAUUAACUGUGGCGCCAUAAAGGCGGAGUACAUGAUUCGAGUGGCAGAAGGCACGGCAGGGCGAUCCACCAAGCCCAAACCUUCCCAGAGGAGCACGCUAACCAGUGUCCUGCAGUACCUUGAGUCGCGUCCAGCGCCCCAUGUCCAGCGCUCUCAUCGUACGCCUGGCCUGCAGGUCCAACCACCACGCCGGCUUCUUUCCUCCCUGCCAAGCCACGGUCCUCUCGGCAUGCUGGGAAAACGCAGUUACCACCAUAGCAGCAGGAUGGACCCUGAAAGAAGAGCAAACGCACCAGGACAAGAAAAUCAGAGUCACAUCGUGGGUCCCAUUCUGCAGCACAAUGGACGGAGCAGCGGCAACCCCAGCUUACGAGCCAGCAACAUGAUAAUGCGCAAGAGGCGGCCCAACUGGAUCGAUGCGCCAGAUGACAGCUUUUUCCUUGUUUCCCGAGAAACCAGUGCUGUAGCUGUUAGACAUCUGCUCAUGGUAAGACCUUGGCCCAUUACUGCAUCCACACCAACACAUGCACAAACACACACAUACACACACACAGAGACUGGGGCUGCAUUAGAUUACAUGUAUGUGCAAUACAAACAAUUAUGCUAGACAUUUUUAGAUGAUUACACUUUGAAUGGACUCAGCAUAGACAAGACGGAGUGGUUACUUUUCCUGCGUAGUGUCUGCUGUUACUGAGGUUAACUUUGGAUUGAGUUGCCUAUUUAUUAAUUACUUUAAGCAGAGUGGCUCAAAAAGUUGUGUCAUGCUAACAUAUUGAUAGUACUUUUUAAUGACGUGGUCCCAAGUUCAGUUUGGAAUAGGGAGGAAGCUGGAGGAAAAUGCUUCUCCAUUAGGGCCCUGUCUGGAUGAGCCAUGACCGGCAUGUCUGUGCUCGCUGGAACGGAUGC